AUGUGGAGAAGACUAGCCUCUUCGCACCUCAAAACCCUAGCCACCUCCAGAGGCUCCACCUCCACCUCCGUCCGAUCCACUCAUUUCGUACUCCUCAAUAGAUCGAUCAUCAAUAGAUCUCCUUCCGCGUUUCUUUGCAAUCGCUAUUUUAGCGCCGAUUCAGAGUUGUCUGGUUUUGUAGUGGAUGGGACUGUAAAGAAGAGAGUUGAGGAUGUAAUGCCUAUUGCUACUGGACAUGAGCGGGAGGAGCUUGAAGCUGAGCUUGAGGGAAAGAGAAUUCUUGAUAUAGACUAUCCCGAAGGCCCUUUUGGCACAAAGGAAGAGCCUGCUGUUGUCAAGUCCUACUAUGACAAGAGAAUAGUUGGAUGCCCUGGAGGUGAAGGAGAGGAUGAGCAUGAUGUUGUGUGGUUUUGGCUGGAGAAAGGCAAGCCUCAUGAAUGCCCAGUGUGCUCACAGUACUUUGUGCUGGAAGUCGUGGGCCCUGGAGGACCUCCAGAUGGACACGGUGAUGAAGAAGAUCAUCAUCACUAA